GAGACAUUUGUAAUAGGAAGAAUGAAGUAUAAAUUAUUGCCCACUAGGACGCUAAUUCGGAUGUGGAAGAUUACUUUCUUUAUCGAAUCCCAAGGAUCCUUUGCUAUUCUUGUUACAAAAAAGGCAAAAGCAAGAAUUAUAUAAACCGACGCGCUUUCUCUGUCUUCGGACAAGCCAAAAAUUCACUCUCACUCCCAAACAUGUCUACUCUCUGCGUUCCAUCUCAAGUCCCCCCUGUUGCCGAAGACUGUGAGCAGCUGCACAAGGCAUUCUCAGGAUGGGGAACCAACGAGGACUUGAUCAUAUCGAUUUUGGGCCGUCGAAAUGCCAGCCAGCGGAAGCUGAUCAGACAUUGCUAUGCCGAAACUUAUGGUGAAGAUCUGCUCAAAGCCUUGGACAAGGAGCUCUCGAGUGACUUUGAGAGAGUUGUGUUGGUGAUGGCACUGGACCCUCCAGAGCGUGAUGCAUACUUAGCUAACGAAGCCACGAAGAAGUGGACAGCGAGCAAUCAAAUCCUCGUAGAGAUUGCUUGCACAAGGUCUCCAAAGGAAAUGAUUCUUGCAAGGGAAGCCUAUCAUGCUCGUUUCAAGAAAUCUCUCGAGGAGGACGUUGCUUAUCACACGACCGGAGACUUCCGCAAGCUUUUGGUUCCAUUGGUGAGUUCAUAUCGUUACAGUGGAGACGACGUUAACCUCCAUCUUGCUAAAUCAGAAGCCAAGAUUCUACACGAGAAGAUCGCUGCAAAGGAGUACAGCUGUGACGACGUCAUAAGAAUCUUGACCACAAGAAGCAAGGCACAGAUCAAUGCAACGCUCAACCAAUACAAAAACGAGUUUGGCAACGAGAUAAACAAGGACCUGAAAGCUGACCCCAAAGAUGAGUUCCUGGCACUCGUGAGGGCCACUGUGAAGUGUUUGGUCUUCCCCGAGAAGUACUUCGAGAAGGUGCUCCGCCUUGCAAUCAACAAGCUGGGUACGGACGAGGGGGCCCUGACCAGAGUCGUCGUGACGAGGGCGGAGGUGGACAUGAAGACCAUCAAGGAUCUUUAUGUGAAACGGAACAGCGUGCCCCUCGACAAAGCCAUCUGCAAGGACACCCAUGGUGACUAUGAGAAGAUGCUGCUGACCCUCAUCGGACAUGUGGAAGAAUGAUACUUGGGAUAUACGAGUAUUUUGAGGUUUGGGCUGAUGUCUAUGACAGUACGCCUCUGGUAAUAAAAAGCUUCUUUGAACUUGUGUAUCUUGUUCUAGUCUCCCAUGUUUCUGCUGUGCUGUUUUUGUUGUUUUGAGCUGAAUAAUAUUGUGUGAUUACGAAA